AUGAGGAGGUUAAAAGCCAAACCAGUACCACCGAAGAUGCCUAAGGAGGCAGAGAUGAAGGACGAGUCCACACAAGUAGGAUGGACGACCAACUUGCCGCUCAAGGUGUCGACCACUACAGGCGCAAUAGAAACGCAAGCCUUCGAGCCGGUUUAUCUUAAGCCAGAAAUGGGGAAUAGUUUAUGGAAGUUUGCCACCGCAGAUGGCCAGACUAUUGCAGAUCUGGCAUUUGCAGAACUAGUAUCUAAGGAGACAGAAGUCGAAAGGCGAUUUACGCUUUCCCUCAAUUAUGAUAUGGCUAUGCAUCUCUCACUGUCGAACAUCGACCACCCGUUGCUACCGGGGUCCCAGCGACACGCCCGCCAACAGAGUGCAAACCUACGAAGAGAAGCAGCAGAAAUUCUGAGUCUGUUCACUCUGUGCUGUUUCUCGUACCCUGAUAUAUGGUCAAGAGUUGAAAGUACUGGCGAUGUGGCCGCUGAUAGCAAGAAUAUAUGCACUUCGGCUCUGUCUUCCGCUACGGCCGCUGCGGCCCCUCCUACUGCUGUCGCGCCUCUGUUGCCUGAGGUGGGCUUCACUCCUGUUACCUCUAUGCAAGGGCGAAACGGUGAUUCCCUCGAAUGUGUUGGCCGCCCCGGUCACCAAGGGCGCUUGGGUCCGCGGACCACGCCCGUCUCCCGCGGGCACUCCUAG